AGUGGUGCGGAAGCACCACGCUAUCGGCGAUAGCUUGUCGCUGUUGGCUGUGUACUGCAGCGUCGUAAGAUCAUCUUGACUACUUUCGCGUCUUCAUUCUGGACCAAUCAUGAGUUGUGCUGAACCUGAAAGUCCGCCCUUUCCUUAUUGGGUCAACAAGCAGUUCAUAGAGUCUGUGCUGAAUAAUGGAAAUGAGGGGACUGCGCUGACGGUGAAAAUAUUCGAAUCUGACUCUGCCUCCAAGCGGGGCAUGAGCUUCUCAAGCGACGUGAUCAGAAUUGUCGCGGCUGUCAGACCUGGAGAAUCCGACGCCUAUGAAAAGAGGAGCUUCGUACUGAAGUACAUGGAGAUAGACUGGGAAAGGGAAGAUGUCCCAAAGGACUUCCAGACGGAGACAAUGGCGCUGGAUGAAGUGAUCCCAGAGGUACAUAAACUGCUGAGGAGUGUGGAGGGCGAGGCGUUCCAGCCUGUGGCGCCGCUCUGCCAUGUGGCAGGCAGCACGCCCUUCCCGUUCCUCGCCAUAGAGGACCUCUCGCCAGCCGGCUUCACGACGGCGGAUGCUGCCCUCCCUCUGGACUACGAGCAGUGUGCAGCAGUGGUGCGCGCCUACGCCCGCCUGCACGCCGCAUCGGCGAGGGUCCUCAAGGACCGGCCACACUACAAAACGGUCUUUGACCCAAAGGAUACCAUGAAUGAAGGUCUGCAGGAGUACUACAAGCAGUUCUCUGACCAUCUCUUCAAAGCCGCGGCCCGGCAGCUUAGAGCUCACAGUGGGUUCGAAAGCUACGCUCAAAAGUAUGAACGGCUUGCAGAAAAAUUCACAAACGACUUCUUCAACUACUGGAGGUCAACGGAAGUAAGGCUGCCAGUUAUUCUGCACGGCGACUGUUGGAAGUACAACUACAUGUUUGCAAAUGUGGGUGGAAAUAAUAUAGAUGUUAGGCUCAUAGAUUUUCAGGGUAGCAAGGUGCACAGUGAGGCAGCGGACCUGCUGCACUUCCUGUACAGGAAUGCCAGCGUGGAGGUGCACCGCGACCACCUGGACACGCUGCUGGCCGACUACCACGGCACGCUGGUGGCGCUUCUGCGUCAGCUGGACAUGGCUGCCGAGGCGGACAGCUACCCCCUGCAGGCACUCGUCGAUGACGUGCAGGCGGGCGGCGCCUGUGGCGUCUACUACAGCGCACUGAGCCUCAUGUCGCUUACCUCGCACAGCCACACUUCCGAGUGGGGGAAGUUUUUCCAAAUCGCCGACGGUUCGGCGUCUCUCAUGGAAGAUGUUUUCAGAAAUCCCCACUAUGUUUCGUGUUUGAAAUACCUUGCACCAGUAUUUGACAGAAAGGGUCUUCUAUGAGUUAAGGUGAUAGCAGAGUGGUCUGGUGAUGAAAGAUCCUAUAUUGACUAGAAAAGUGGUUCCAACCUUUCUUAGACUAUUACACCUGAGUGCAAUCAGACGUUAUGUGGAACCCCCCCUGCACCCCCCCCCUCCCGUCCCUGCUCUCUGUUGCACCCCACUCCCCCACAUUAUCACCAACUUUAGCACCUAACUAAACUGUGGAAUGAAAGACUUUUCUUGGAACACUUAUUUUUAAAAUGAUGAAAGGUGAAUGAUAUUUACUCUGUGUGUGUGUGUGUGUGUGUGUGUGUGUGUGUGAGAGAGAGAGAGAGAGAGAGAGAGAGAGAGAGAGAGAGAGAGGGAGAGAGGGGGGGAGAGGGGGGAGUGUGUGUGUGUGCAUUAGAAGGAGUCACGAAGGAAUUCGUGGUGCAUCGCAAGUACUACGAAUAAUUCCUUCUCAGAUAGGAAAGCUAACUAUCCACAGUGGUGGACACUUAUUACAAAACGUACUUCCUCUGCGUUACCCCUUUCCUUUGUGGCACUUGCUUGGCCUACACACUGCAGUCUCAUUUAAAAUCAAACAGGUUCAGGCGAGUGCACUAUACUUACUGUUUGUAGAUCACCUUACUGCUGCAUUUCUUACUUUUGAAAUGGCGGAAAUCGGACGACUUCAGACUGUUAAUGCUUUGUGUCUGACCAGUUUAAUAAUAAUACCACCGUGUACAGCACUAUAGUAGCGAUUAUGUAGUCACUGCUGUGUCGUGCUGUCAAUUAAUUAAUUUAUCUGUCACGAAGCGAUUAAGGGAGCAAUUUCUGUACUACUGCAGUUAUUAUCUACAACUUGGAAAAUACAUUUUUUUUGGAUAUUUAAUCUACAACUUGAAAAAGACAUUUUCUUGAGAUAUUUAGCAUUUGUUAAGUAUAUGUCUCAAUUUUAUCAUCAACGAUGUACGGAUCAAAGCACAACAUAUGUCAAUAGUGGGUCGACUAUGUGAGGAACCUGUAACAUACACCGCAUUAAUGUUACUAGUUAUUUAUAACUUACGUAAUGAACAUUAGAGUCUUACAAAAGUGUGAUUAAUGGUAAUGAUAUUUGGAAAAUUAUUUAGUUUCGUGCCUGAAACAGAAUCGAAUUGUUUAGUUUUUACCCCUCAGAAAAUUUCAGUUUAUCCCUCAAGGGGUAAUUACUCCCAGGCUUGAAACCAAUGGGCUAGAAUGAUAAAUGGUGUCGACGGUACAGAUGUACGUUACAUAGUGUUCUGUGACGUGUUACUGUCACGCUUUGGAUGUUGUGAAAAUUACGGAGAAAAUACUGAUAAAUAAAGUCUUCGAUUUCACUAUA